UCUUGAUCGAUCCAUUCGAUCUCUCCUUAAAUCCACCGUGAUCAUACAGUAGCGCUCACUCGAAAAUCUCUGCAAACCUCCUCUUCUCAACCAGACCACACACAUCGAUCCCCAUAGGCAGGCAGAGUUCAGCUUACCUUACGUGCAAGCCAUGGCCAACAAGCUGAUCCUGAUCCUAUCAGCCGCAUCAUUGUUAUUGGUGUCUCUUGAGCUCGCCGGCGUGGCCGCGACGACGACGCACCUCCGGUUCUACAUGCAUGACAUCGUGACAGCCUUGCCGCCGUUAUACCCGGUAGCGACGGCGGUGCCGACGGUCAAGGGCGUGACCUUGCUGCCCAACGACCCGAUCAACCGCUUCGGAGACACCUAUGUCAUCGACGACUCGCUGACGGAGGGCCCCGAAGCGGAUUCCCGCCUCGUCGGGAGGGCGCAGGGGUACUACAUGUUCGCAUCCCAAACGGACCCAUCGCUGCUGCUCAGUGCCAACAUGGUGUUCACGGCAGCCGCCGGGAAGCAGUACAACGGCAGCUCUGUGGCCGUGCUCGCCAGGGAUGCCAUCCUUGAUGCCGUGAGGGAGCUGCCUGUCGUCGGCGGCACCGGCGUGUUCCGGGGCGCGAGGGGUUACGGGCUUCUACGGACGCACUCCUUCAACCUCUCCUCCAACAACGCCGUGCUACAAAUCGACGUGUACGUGCAGGUGUAGGCGCACGAUUAAUAUGGCUUCUUGUAUGGUCAACGAUAUGUGUGUCGAUUUCUCCUCUAGAACUUGACUAAAAUGUGGGUGGUCUGCUUAUUGGUGAAAGGCUGAGUGUGCGCGCGUGUUGUGAUCGUCUGCGUUUGUACCGUGUUUUUCAAAAAAGAAAAAAAAAGCUUGACUGGAAUGUGGGCGGUGUGCUUGUUGGUCUGUGAUCUGAGUAUAUAUAUGUCACUCAUCAGCGAGUUUGUCCCGAAUCUAGAAAAAUAAAUGCAUCAUCGAGUAGUGAACUUUCA